AUGGCGGGUCCGGAUAAUUCCGGCGAGUCUCCGCCGCUUAAGUCGGCGGCACCGAAGCAAUUCGGUGUGACAAAACCGAUAUCUCGUGCGGGGCCGUCAGAGGUCGAUAUUCUGAGGACGAAGGAUUUGGAGAAGUUUUUGAAGGAUUCUGGACUGUACGAGAGUCCAGAAGAGUCCGCCAAAAGAGGAGACGUUCUGUCCCGGCUGACGGAAAUUGUGAAGGACUGGGUCAAAGGAAUCACUCGCGGGAAGGGAUAUUCCGGCCAGAUGGUGGAGGAAGCCAACGCUUUGAUUCUUACCUUUGGUUCUUACCGGCUUGGGGUCCAUUCUCCGGGAGCUGACAUUGAUACUUUAUGCGUUGGCCCUUGUUAUGUGACCAGGGACGAUUUCUUUUGCUUAUUGCACUAUAUUCUAGCCGACGUUGAAGGAAUUACUGAAUUGCAACCGGUUCCUGAAGCUCAUGUACCCGUUAUGAAAUUCAAGUUUGAUGGGAUUUCAAUCGAUUUAGUUUUUGCUAGUGUAUCUCUUUUAGUCGUCCCAGACGAUUUGGACAUUUCAGAUGAUUCGAUCUUGUACAAUGUUGAUGAUGAGGCAACUGGGAGGAGUCUCAAUGGUUGCAGAGUUGCUGAUCAGAUACUUCAGCUUCUUCCGGAUGUGAACAAUUUCCAGAUAGCGCUUCGAUGCUUGAAGUUUUGGGCUAAACAGCGCGGUAUUUAUUCCAAUGUGACUGGUUUUCUUGGUGGGGUGAACUGGGCUCUGCUUGUUGCUCGUGUAUGCCAGCUUUAUCCGAAUGCAAACCCGAGCAUGUUGGUUUCUCGGUUUUUCCGAGUUUAUACCCAAUGGCGUUGGCCGAAUCCUGUGAUGCUUUGCGAAAUAGAGGACAACGAAGAACUUGGAUUUUCUGUUUGGGAUCCGAGGAAGAAUCACUGGGAUCGCGGCCAUCUUAUGCCGAUUAUAACGCCUGCUUAUCCGUGCAUGAAUUCGAGCUACAAUGUUUCUGCAAGUACUUUAAGGGUAAUGAUGGAACAGUUUCAUUUCGGGAACAAGAUCUGUGAGGAAAUCGAACUGAAUAAGACCCAGUGGAGUGCAUUUUUUGAGCCGUUCAUGUUCUUUGAAAGGUAUAAAAACUAUUUACAAGUUGAUAUUCUUGCAACGGAUGCUGAUGACCUUCGGAUAUGGAAAGGCUGGGUUGAAUCCCGGCUCAGACAGUUGACUCCGAUGAUUGAAAGAGACAGUUUCGGGAAGCUACAAUGUCAUCCAUAUCCACAUGAGUAUGUGGAUCCUUCAAAUCAGUGUGCUGCCCAUUGUGCCUUUUUUAUGGGAUUACAGAGGAAAGCUGGAGAGUUGAUUGAAGAUGGUCAGCAAUUUGAUAUGCGUGGAACGGUAGAUGAGUUUAAGCAUAAUGUAUACAUGUAUACUUUCUGGAAACCGGGAAUGGAAAUAUAUGUCUCCCAUAUUCGCCAAAAUCAGAUACCAUCUUAUGUCUUUCCUGAAGGAUUCAGACACAGACAACCUCUCGGACUCUCUAGCCAACAGCUGACUGAUAGAUCGGCUCAAGAAAACGAUGAUGUUCAUAGGUCAGGAUCUAAUGGAAAAACGCUGAAAAGGAAAAGGCUUGAAGCGGGUAAUGGUGCAAAUGAUCCGAUGGAGCCACAGCAGAAAUGCUCGCGGAAAAUUGAACAGAGAUUUAGACAGAGACAGCCAUUCUCAAACCAACAGCUGACUGAUAGAUCAGCUCCAGAAAACAAUGAGGUUCCCAGGAAUGGCUUAGAUUGGAUGGAGACGGGACUUGUUGAGCAGCAGAAAGAUGUCGCUGUUGAGUUCUCCAAUGUGCUCUUUGAUGAGAAUGCUAAGCCUGCCUACGUCAGUCUAACAUCCGGCUUUUCUGAAUUCUGCAAUCUCUCCAGCAAGGACAGAAGUCAUGCAAGUGCAGGUGGGAAUGAGUAA